UGCAUCAUAUGUUGUCAAGUGAAACCGGAGUUGAUCUAAGCAGUGGAUAGCCUACUACGCCAAACUGCUCAUUACAAUUGUGUAUAACUUGUCCGGAUCAUAGGCAAAUCUGUCUCGCAACAACUAAUUUGAAGUUCUGAACUGAAAGUGAAUAACAUUAACCUGCCGAAUCAGCGGUGGCAAAUGUCUGAAGACCAGGAAGCACAGGAGGACGAACUCCUGGCUCUGGCCAGCAUUUACGACCAGGAAGAGUUUCAAAGGCAUGACAGUGCGCGGGGAGGCCAGGUCCGGAUCUGUCCAGACUUGCCCCCGGAUUUCAAAGUCAGUGUCAAAGCAGGAGGCAGGUGUGCAGACUAUGGGGUGUCAUUCCUACCUCCGCUGGUGCUGAACUUUGAACUCCCUGCGGACUACCCUUCGACAUCUUCACCUCUGUUUACACUAAACUGCAAAUGGCUUUCAGAAGUCCAGAUAGCAGCUGUGUGCAGGCACCUGGAUAAGCUCUGGCAGGAGAGCCUUGGGAGCGUGGUCCUCUUCUCCUGGAUCCAGUUCCUCAGGGAAGAUGUCCUCAGCUUCCUCCAAAUCUCCUCCUCCCUAGAACUCCCGUCUCAGUGGGACGGUGACAACGCACAGGCCCACAAGGAAGGGGCGGGUCACGGCGCGUGGGCGGGGCUGCAUGGCCCAGGGCCUGCCACGCGGGCCGACUCUAAUGCGGAACUCCUGCUCCAGCUCCUGGACUUCGACAGAGCCCAGCGUCACAAGGAGUUCGACAACCAGCUGUUCGACUGCGGAAUCUGCUUCUCGAAGAAGCUGGGCGCGAACUGCUUCAGCUUCAGGGAGUGCAAGCAUGUGUACUGCACCGAAUGCACACGCGGGUACUUCCAGGUCCUGAUCCGGGACGGGGCCGUUGACGGCCUCAAAUGCCCCCAGUCCGAUUGCGGCUGCGAAGCCACGCCCAUGCAGGUCAAGCAGCUGGUUGGCGAGGAGCUGUUUGGGCGCUAUGACCGCCUCCUGCUGCAGUCCAGCCUGGACGGCAUGGCGGACGUGACGUACUGCCCGCGCCACACGUGCGCCACUGCCGUCCUGGUGGAGCAGGACAGCCCCAGCGCCAUCUGCACCUCCUGCCGCUACGCCUUCUGCACCCUGUGCAGACAGGGCUACCACGGGCUGUCCCGCUGCGCGGAGAAAGGGGCGAGAGGGGAGGCGGAGCCUGGCACUGGCGAACCCUACGCUCCUGUUCCUAAAAAGGAAGAUGGACUUCGAGGGCUCUGGGAUGACUACGACACUGGGAGUAAGACCCGGAGGAAGUUCUUGGAGAAGCGCUACGGGAGAAGUGUGCUCCAGAACAGGGUGGAAUAUGUCCUCACCGAGAGCUGGUUGGAUACCAACACCAAGAAAUGUCCACACUGCCAGGCCACCAUACAGAAGGAUGGAGGCUGUAACAGAGUGCUGUGCUCCAAGUGUCACCACUACUUCUGCUGGGUUUGCCUCCGACAGGACAAGAUUUCCGAGCACUUCUCUGACCCUGCCUCACCCUGCUCCCAAAGCUACUAUCACCAGUGAGCCCCAUCCAAUCCUGCUGAGGUCAGCAGCUUCACUGUGCUUUGAUCAGUCUACCCAGCUCUGUAUCUACCGGCGAGCUUCACAGCGCACUUCUGCUAAAACCAGGGAGUUGACAUGUUGUAUUCAAGAGACUAAGCAGUGUACUCCUGCAGUUCGGAUGGUCACUGAUGGUGCUCAGAUGUGUCGUUCUUAAGCCCUAACCGUCUUUAGGUACACUGCUCCCAGUGAGGGCAGAGUUUCACACGCCCAUCAUUCAUUACAUUACAUUACAGGCACUUAGCAGACACUCUUAUCCAGAGCGACUUACACAACUUUUACAUAGCAUUUUACAUUGCAUCCAUUUAUACAGCUGGAUAUAUACUGAAGCAAUUUCGGUUAAGUACCUUGCUCAAGGGUACAACGGCAGUGUCCUACCCGGGAAUCGAACCCGCAACCUUUCGGUUACAAGCCCAGUUCCUUACCCACUGUGCUACACUCCGUUCCUGACUGCACACCAGAAAAUCGCCCAGGAUAGCGAUGAAUCCUGUGCUCCCCGUGUGCCAAAACUCUGCUCCCAGUGGGGGUAAACUGUCACUACGUUACAUAAAUGUUCUAAUGUUCUGACAUUACUCCAGGAAGCUCUGUACAAGUAUAUCAGUGUUUUGGAAAGCCCCAAUAUUCACUGCUAGGAGGCAUAUUUCUUUAUGAAAUGAUAAAUUAAAAGCAUGUGUACUCAAUAAGAAGCAGUAUAUUUCAGUGUGUAUUUCAAAGGCAGGUAUAUGGAUAAACUGGAGCUAAAAUAAAAUUUUAAUGUUGAGUAAUAAGAAGCAGCCUUGUUUUGGUCUGCAGAGUAUACAUAAUCUGAUGAAAAACACGUUUUGAACGUACAAAAAUGCCAAGUUACUCACACAUACAAAGCACUGUCUAUAAGUCAUUCUUUCAAAUCUAGGCCUGCUAUUAAAUGUAUUGAUGUCACAUUUGUGCCAAGUUACAUGCAACAAUGUUGUCUAAUUUAGCUCAGGCAAAGUAAACAAGCUGUAUUCCACAGCAAUGCUACCCAGUGUUUCCAAAAUUAUUUCAAGUAGCUUGGCCCUGUGUGUACAAGCAAACAGUGCAUUAACGAGGCAAACGUGUGGAUAGGUUCCCUCCCAGGAACUAGAGUCUGAAGUCGGAAUCAGUCAUUGCAUGACUCACGUUCUUGUUCACUAGGAACUGGAGUCAGUGAACGAAAAGUCAGAAUUUGGAGUCAGGAAUGAAGGAUCCAGUGAAUGAAUCCGGGAACAAAUCCUUUUAUGAGUCAAAGGACUCGUGUCCUUGAAAGGAACUGGGACUCCCACAACUAUUUUAUUUGUAGUUGUCUAUUAAUAUAAUUAAGCAAUAGCUCACGGCAGGCCGUGGUAUAUAGUUAUUAUAUCACAGUUAAGGGGCGUUGUUUGGCCCGACGCGAAGCGGAGUUUAUUAGUUUUAUAAGUUAAUAUGAAUUACUUUCCCUGAAAGAUUAUACAGAUGCAAAAGCGAGAGGUUAAAUGUUUUAUUCUUUUGUUACACUGCAAGGCAUUGUAAUGGACUGAGAGGUUUUCAUGAGUUCAAGGGCAGCAUCCGAAAGUGCUGCAGGCAGCCACACUACCCAGUAAGCCACUAGAGUAGGAAACGUAGGAACAGAAAAAUUUUGAGGGUUUAAACAACUGCACUUCUAUGUAUAUAUGUAAUUUCGCGUUGCAACCGAUAAGUCAUUAGCAAGGUAGCUGACGGUAAACUCGGUGAAAAUGCCAAAAGCAGAACUGUCUGAAGUGUGGGUGAUUGUGAUGUUUAAAUUGACAGCCAUCUGUACUGCUAUACAGUUGGUCUAUCAUUUUGUUAGUGUUACGUGUUACUGUGUCCUGUUUUGCUUGUGUGUGUGUAUGUCUUUAAGAUCUAGGUGCAGCUCACUGAUAAGCUGACUGAGGGCACCUGUGUGAAGGUGUGGGCUGAGCCUAUAUAAGUGGCUCCUUGCCCUGUUCACACUCUCUCACUCCCUGACACAAGACACAGCUUUUCUGUUCGUUUUCUUGUUUCCAAUGUUGUUGUCUUUUUGUAAAUAAAUGUCCAUAUGCUUUUGCAUCUAAA